AUGGGGAACUGCUUCCGGUCCGGCGGCAAACCCACAAGCCCUCCGGCCAAAGGGAAGCCGUCGCCGUCGUCGUCCACCAGGGAGAGCGGCGGCGGCGGCGGGAGGGAGGAGGAGUCCUUGGAGUCAUACCGCCGGUGGCCGAGCGCGGGCGGGCGUGUCCUGGACGCGCCGAGGCUGCGGGUGUUCACGCUGGCGGAGCUGCGGGCGGUCACGCGCGGGUUCAAGCCGGAGAUGGUGCUCGGGGAGGGCGGCUUCGGGCGGGUCUACAAGGGCUGGGUCGACGACCGCACCCUCAACCCGGCCAAGAGCUCCGCCGGCGUCGUCGUCGCCGUCAAGAGGCUCAACGCCGAGAGCGUCCAGGGCCUCCAGGAGUGGCAGUCGGAGGUGAACUUCCUGGGGCGGCUGCAGCACCCGAACCUGGUGAGGCUGCUGGGCUACUGCGGCGACGGCGAGGACCGCGACCUCCUCCUCGUCUACGAGUUCAUGCCCAAGGGCAGCCUCGAGAACCACCUCUUCCGAAGGGGCGGCUCGUUCGAGCCGCUGUCGUGGGCGACGAGGCUGAAGAUCGCCGCCGGCGCCGCGCGGGGGCUGGCGUUCCUGCACUCGCCAGAGACGCAGAUCAUCUACCGGGACUUCAAGGCGUCCAACAUCCUCCUCGACCACGACUUCGCCCCGAAGCUGUCUGACUUCGGGCUGGCCAAGAGCGGGCCGGCGGCGGGGCGGUCGCACGUCACCACGCGGGUCAUGGGCAGCUACGGCUACGCCGCGCCCGAGUACGUCGCCACGGGCCACCUCUACGUCAAGAGCGACGUCUACGGCUUCGGCGUGGUGUUGCUAGAGCUGCUCACGGGGCUCCGCGCGCACGACCCCAACCGGCCCAGCCACCAGGCCAACCUCGUCGAGUGGGCGCGCCCCUACAUCGCCGGCGGUAGGAAGCUCACCGGGCUCAUGGACCAGCGCCUCGCCGGCCAGUACCCGCCCAAGGCGGCGCUCCGGGCCGCCAGGCUCGCGCACCGCUGCCUCUGCGGCGACCCCAAGGCCCGGCCCUCCAUGGACGACGUCGUCGCCAAGCUCGAGGAGAUCGACGCCAGAGGGAGCCGCGACGCGCUGCCGCCGAGGCCGAGGCCCGUCCCGGCGACAUCACAAAGGUCGCCGUACCGCGGUUCAUCCAAGCCGGCCUGA